GGUGUAAAGAACAAAGGAUGCUCAGGAAUGUCAUAUCAUUUGGAAUAUGUAGAUAAACCUGCGAGAUUUGACGAAGUUGUCGAACAAGAUGGAGUAAAAGUGUUAGUUGAUUCAAAAGCUCUCUUUUCGAUAAUAGGCAGCACUAUGGAUUGGGUUGAUGACCGGCUGUCAUCUAAAUUCGUAUUCAAUAACCCAAAUGUUACAGAAACCUGCGGAUGUGGUGAAUCUAUGCGUUUUGGUUGA